AUGAUUCUAACAUUCGUUCAAGCCAGCCAUAAUUUAAAGGAUGUCUGGAUGAAAGAAGUUGGUAAUAAAAAAGAGGAAAGAAUUAUGGUUACAGCUGUAAUUUUAAAGAUAACUUUGGAUAUCAUUGGCCUUGUUGAUAA